GCGGUUCCGCUGCGGCGCGGACUAUUCACACAGCAUCGACCGUUGGACCCGUCAUUCCGUGGAUGUGUCUUCGCGAGAACGCGUGCAACACGCUGGCACAUUAACGUUAACACUACCUCACACGUGCCACCGUGAACGCGUGACCCCCACGCACGCACACACGUCCACACGUGCACCCGACACGCGCGCGAUAACUUGUGAUAGUGCUCGCCUCACCCCCGCCGUGGAGGACCCCUGCGCGUGUGAUCGAGGUGUGUCGUUCCAAGGGGUGGAUCGCUGUGACCGCUAGAUAAAAGCUUUUCCCAGGGAAUCCAGGUGCUAGUGAAUUAAGAAGGGAGCAGACCCAGCGGAUUUCGAAAGCACGACGAACUCCUCUCGAAGAGAGGUCCGACACGAGGUGGCCCUUCAGUGCAAUCGACCUGGUUCUCAGAAGAUCUGGUUCCUCCUCGAUUAAUUGCGAGUCGCGCGAUAUCGAGGUCGACACACGCGGUGGAGAUUCGGGUGAAGUGAAGUGGCCAGGAGUUUACUUUCGAACGCGACAUUGUUUUCGUCGGUAACCAGAAAUGGCAUCUGCAGCGGCGGAGUUGGUUGCCGAAAGGGAACCAGAGCCGAGGAUCGAGAUGACGGACAUGAACAGAACGUUCGUGGGCGCCCAGGGAUUGGUGCGAAUGGCCUUGGAUCAGUACACGGAAAUCCUCACGACGGUUUCCGAUCCAAGGGUCAGCGACUGGCCUCUGAUGGACUCGCCCAUACCAACCUUCCUCAUCGUGCUCCUCUACUUGUACGUAGUGACGUUAUUCGGGCCGCGUGUCAUGUCCAAUAGGAAGCCCUUCAAGCUAAGGGGAACGUUGGUCGCUUACAAUGCGUUCCAGGUGGUCUUCUCGUUGGGAAUGCUAUACGAGCACCUGAUGUCUGGUUGGCUGUUGGAUUAUAGCUACAAGUGUCAACCGGUCGACUACUCCCACAACCCUUCCGCGCUGCGAAUGGCGAAACUGUGUUGGUGGUACUUCAUCAGCAAAUUCACGGAAUUCGCCGACACGAUAUUCUUCGUUCUGCGCAAAAAGGACAGCCAGGUGACGUUCUUGCACCUGUACCACCACUCUCUGACACCCUUGGAGACGUGGAUCUGCGUGAAAUUCAUCGCUGGAGGCCAUGGCACUCUGGGAAACCUGAUAAACAACGCGGUGCACGUGAUAAUGUACGCGUACUACAUGGUGUCCGCGAUGGGACCCGAGUACCAGAAAUAUAUAUGGUGGAAAAAACACCUCACCACUGUGCAACUGGUCCAGUUCUUCCUCGUGUUCGUACACAGCACCCAGGCCCUGAUAUUCGAUUGCGGCUACCCAAAACUGGUGGCGGGGCUUCUCCUGCUUCAUUCGUCGAUCUUCUUCGUACUGUUCUCCGAUUUCUACCGACAAGCGUACAGGAAGGCCAGGACGAAGACGGAGCUGAAGGGAGAAUAAAAGAAGGGACAUGAACGCGCGCACUUUCCACGAAUAUCUCUCAAACACAAAUUCCAACCGCCCGCCUCCCGACUCCGCGUACGAUCGAACGAUCGUGGAUCAGUUUACGCAAACAAUAGGAACAGAAAGAAACGCUUCACCUUGUGCGUUUACAACGUCUAUCCGAUUUCAUAGGCGACGAUUCGUCGAACGACUAGGAAAUCACCCGUUGAUCAGGGAACAAUUUGUCGAUAUCGGAUAACGGUUACACAAUGUCGGCUGAUUAGCUUAAUUUACCGACUAUAUCGCGCGGAACUAGUCAUCGAACGUUUCGAGACAACUUUACCGGAUGCUGAUUCGCGAACUCGAUCGUCUGGACGAUCGAUCACGGUCGUUCCAUCGAGGGUGGAGCUUACUGAUUUCCUUCCGUAUGGAAGAGAUUAUCGCAUGUUAUCCCUCGUAUCCUCCGCAGGGCAUCUCAGGUCUCGCGAACAGCUCGGACCAGGGCUUCCGAAGCACUUCUUAAUCCCUUCAAAAGGGGCGACCAGACCGUUAAGCCGCGAAAAAUGUAUUUACAUGGCAGCUAUGGUUCCAACCAUAAUUCUUAUUCAAAAACGCUUUCAACAACAUUAGAAACUCCGAUGCGUCUCAACGUGUAUCUCACUUUAACAAAGUCACUUCUUCAGGGAUCGGUUCGCUGGAGAAAGUGCAUCGGAAACCCAGAAUCGACGUAGCUUCGUGCGAUCGAUUCGGUCCUUGGUGUCGUUAAUUUAAUGAUCCUUAUUUUCUUUUUCUACUUUAGGUGUUACGCGUCGGCAAAUCUCUAAUCAAGGGUAUUGUAAAUAUAGGAGUAGAGUUAGCACCCCGCGGGACACCGUUCUCGCGGAUUUAUUUAAAUCUGUGCGCGAUUUGAACCGAUCGCGCAACUCACGGUACGCGUGCGUCAAGGCGCAAGUUUCGCAAGUGGCGGAAAAACAAAGUUAAAAUUAAGUAAAAAUUUGCGUAGAGAACGCAACGCGUUGCAAAUGUCUCUUCCCUGUACAGAUGAGCUAACUUUUAUCACCUGUGAAAUCGAAGCGUUUAUACUUUUCAUUUUCAACACGUAAAUCAAGCAGUGCUAUUCUGUACACUCUUUAUGGUCCAGAAUAGAAUAUUCUUCGCAAAUAUCAACGAUUAGAGUUUAUGCAUGGAAGCCGUACUGCGACGAGACUGUUCCAACGCGUUGCAUUCAAGCUGGGAGCAGAAACUUGAUGUCAAAGAUGGGCAAAUUUUUAUUCAAAUAACAGAUGACGAUUUAUUCGCGAACGUUGAAACUCAAUGAUUUUGUAUUCGCGACUAUCUACGCGUCGCUAGAUCACCACGUGAUUUCGAGUGUUUGUAGUAAACUCGCAAAGGAUAAGUUGUAAGCGGAUGUGUUUACACUUUAAACCUAGGAACGGUGGGAAUAGAAGUAUCGCGUGGCUGCUGGCUGAGAACGGUAUCAAUCUCCACCGCGAUAUAGGUAUCACCUGUACAACAGUGGCACGCAUACCUCUGCGCACACGACAUGCAUCUAGAGGUGUGCUAAAACUGAUAGCCCAAACUUCUCGUAUGCACAGUACAGGGAGAACCAAUUAUAUUAUAAUUGAUUGCAAUUAAAUAACCCACUCGUGAUCGCUUAGGGCGAUGGUCAUGGUCAGCCGUUAAAACACUACUGUUCGAAGACACGUAGCACUCUAUUCUGCCAAACAUACUUGAGGCCACCAGUUUUAGCACACCCAAUACGUGUAAUUCCUCUCACUAGCGCGUAGGCUGCUGAACCGAUGGAUCUAUGGGAGCGUGUACUUAACGUUUCUUACGAAAUCUGGCUAUUAAAUCGGAUUUCGUAGCCGAGGUUCGCCAACCGUACCGCGAAAGCUCUUGCGAAAGAAUAUCGCGUCGAUGAUGUUGCUCCAGAUGCGACCAAGUGCCGCAGUGCGGUAAACGCUAGGUUCGCGUCGACGAGGAACGACACGGGUCGCCCAACAGCGAUAAAGAGCCUACUGUCUGGCCUGCACGAGACAAGGGUGUCGACACGUACCCUUGCGCUCCGUUCAUGAACGAACCAGGGGGUAGAAUGACGCGUUGCUCGUCAGGCAUCCUCGGGGCCACGCACGCGUCCGAGGGGGUUGAACGACACUCACUCGGUUCACAGAGAAGGCGGUGAAACUACGAAACGGUAACGGAACGAUCCCUCACCGGACAUGUGCAAAGCUCUCCCACGUAGCCAGCCGGAGUACGGACAUUCUCUACAUUAUCGAUUCUCUCGAUUCACCCCCUCGAAGGGUGUGGACGGAGACGGUCGUUCCGCUGGUACCGGGAGAGAGAUACGACAAGGCUGUGUUGGAUAAUGAUUACUACAUGAUUAUUCUUUAAAUUGAUCAGUAAUCACGAACUAUGUUUAAGUAUCUGGCCAUUGGGUACUGGAACGUUUUCGAAUCACUACGAGUGCUAAAAUUCUUAUUUUAACGCGACGCCUCUGUUACCACAACGUAUCCUUUCGGUGUGUUUAAUUAUUUAUUAACCGUUAUUCAUGAUUACUGGUUACACGGUAAUUAUAAACACGAAUUACAUAUCGGCCAACACUGUAACGAUACCGAUAACUUUCGUACGGAUUCAUCGUCAAGUCUCAGCCUAAGAUUGUAAUUUAUUGAGCGUGCGUUACGCAUGCAUGCGACAAAACUGUUUGUACAUAUGUAAUUCUUUUCUUUUUGUAAUGACAAAUAAAUUUUAUUAAGUUA